AGAGCCAUGGCAAAAAGUGGACUUGUAAUUUACGUCCUGGUUAUCACCUUACUCCUGGACCAGACCACCAGCCACACGUCCAAAUUCAAAGCCAGGAAGCACAGUAAACGCCGGGUGAAAGAAAAGAAUGGAGACCUGAAGACUCAAGUUGAAAAGCUCUGGAGAGAAGUCAACGCCCUAAAGGAAAUGCAGGCCCUGCAGACAGUCUGUCUCCGGGGCGCAAAAGUUCACAAGAAAUGCUACCUUGCUUCAGAAGGCUCGAAGCACUUCCAUGAAGCCAAUGAAGACUGCAUUUCCAAGGGAGGGACCCUGGUUAUCCCCAGAAACUCUGAUGAAAUUAAUGCCCUUCGAGACUAUGGUAAAAGGAGCCUGCCAGGUGUUAAUGACUUUUGGCUGGGUAUCAAUGACAUGGUCACAGAAGGCAAGUUUGUUGAUGUCAACGGAGUUGCCAUCUCCUUCUCCAACUGGGACCGUGCACAGCCUAAUGGUGGCAAGCGGGGAAACUGUGUCCUGUUCUCUCAGUCAGCUCAGGGCAAAUGGAGUGACGAGAUCUGUCGUAGCAGCAAGAGAUACAUAUGCGAGUUUAUCAUCCCUUAGUAGACCCUUCUCAAAUGCAUCUCCCAAGCAAGAUCAGUCGUGAUUUAUAGGCUGAUGGUUCCCAAGCACAAGUCAAAUUGUUUUUAGGAAUACCAGAGUCGGCCAAUUUGCUACCGUAUUUCAUUGUGAUUUCGCCCUUCAUGGGGUAAGGAGAAUCAUAAAAUAAUGAUCCAGCUAUGUGCACCCUGUUUAAAUGGCUUCUGCAAAACAAACUAUCAAAUCCUUCUCUCUUUCCUAGUCCCUCUCACUUUUAUAGACCGGCUCUAUGUUUAAAAUACAACAGCCAGAAAAGCAACCUUCUCGAGAGUUUAGUAUACAUUUGAUUGAUGAGAAUUCUCUAAAUCAGAGAUUCUAGGUACUAUGUAAUCCCAAAACUUUUCAGUCUGAUGCUCAAUCUGUCCCAUCUUGGUCAUAUGACUUGUUAGCCCAUAACCCUCUUUUUGAGUUGCUACAUCUCCUGGUGCAAGUUAUAUCUUGCCUGCCACAUAAGAUUCUGAUUCUAUCUUGCCUGUCUCCAAUUCUGAUUAACUCUUUUUACCUUAAGAACGUUUUUUUGAUAAAGUUCCUAGUCAAGACCUGAAAAGUACCAUAUUUGGUCAAUUUCCACUCCCAGCAUUACAUUACAAUUUCCAAUUUGAAUGAGUAACUCUAAAGCAGAACAAAAG